GUCUGCAGUCGGAGACUUGCAGGCAGCAAACACCGUGCGAACGAACAGGAGGGGGGGAAGAAACAUAAAAAAGCGAAACGUGGAGCAGCCGGCCUGGGACUGAGAAGGGAAAUCGAUGCAAGGAGCCCAAUAAUAAUAAUAGAAACCCACUUCAGAGCAAAUAACAUUGAAAAAGCUGCGACUCAAGAUAACUGAAACCUUUAAAAAAAAAACAAAAAACCUGCUCAUGCACCAUGGUUUUUCAAACUCGGUACCCUUCAUGGAUUAUUUUAUGCUAUAUCUGGCUGCUCCGCUUUGCACACACGGGAGAGGCGCAGGCUGCAAAGGAAGUACUGCUGCUGGAUUCUAAAGCACAACAGACAGAAUUGGAAUGGAUUUCCUCUCCGCCCAAUGGGUGGGAAGAAAUUAGUGGUUUGGAUGAGAAUUACACUCCUAUACGAACCUACCAGGUAUGCCAGGUCAUGGAGCCCAACCAAAACAACUGGCUGCGGACUAACUGGAUUUCGAAAGGCAAUGCACAAAGGAUUUUUGUAGAAUUGAAAUUCACCCUGAGGGAUUGUAAUAGUCUUCCUGGAGUACUGGGAACUUGCAAGGAAACCUUUAAUUUGUACUAUUAUGAAACAGACUACGACACUGGCAGGAAUAUAAGAGAAAAUCUCUACGUAAAAAUAGACACCAUUGCUGCAGAUGAAAGUUUUACCCAAGGUGACCUUGGUGAAAGAAAGAUGAAGCUUAACACUGAGGUGAGAGAGAUUGGACCUUUGUCCAAAAAGGGAUUCUAUCUUGCCUUUCAGGAUGUAGGGGCUUGCAUUGCUUUGGUUUCUGUCAAGGUAUAUUACAAGAAGUGCUGGUCCAUUAUUGAGAACUUAGCUAUCUUUCCAGAUACAGUGACUGGUUCAGAAUUUUCCUCUUUAGUUGAAGUACGAGGGACAUGUGUCAGCAGUGCCGAGGAAGAGGCAGAAAACUCCCCCAGGAUGCACUGCAGUGCAGAAGGAGAAUGGUUAGUGCCCAUUGGAAAAUGUAUCUGCAAAGCGGGCUUCCAACAAAAAGGAGAUACUUGUGAACCCUGUGGUCGUGGAUUCUACAAAUCUUCCUCACAGGAUCUUCAGUGCUCUCGUUGUCCAACCCACAGUUUUUCUGAGAGAGAAGGCUCUGCCAGAUGUGAAUGUGAGGAUGGGUAUUACAGGGCUCCAUCUGACCCGCCAUAUGUUGCAUGCACAAGGCCUCCAUCGGCACCCCAGAACCUCAUUUUCAAUAUCAACCAGACCACAGUCAGUUUGGAAUGGAGCCCUCCUGCAGACAAUGGGGGAAGGAAUGAUGUUACCUACAGAAUAUUGUGUAAGCGGUGCAGUUGGGAACAGGGCGAAUGUGUUCCCUGUGGGAGUAACAUUGGAUACAUGCCGCAGCAAACUGGAUUAGAGGAUAACUAUGUCACUGUCAUGGACCUGCUGGCCCACGCUAAUUAUACCUUUGAAGUUGAAGCUGUAAAUGGAGUUUCUGACUUAAGCCGAUCCCAGAGGCUCUUUGCGGCUGUCAGUAUCACCACUGGUCAAGCAGCUCCCUCGCAAGUGAGCGGAGUAAUGAAGGAAAAAGUGCUGCAGAGGAGUGUGGAGCUUUCCUGGCAGGAACCGGAGCAUCCCAAUGGAGUCAUCACCGAAUAUGAAAUCAAGUAUUACGAGAAAGAUCAAAGGGAAAGGACCUACUCAACAGUAAAAACCAAGUCAACUUCAGCCUCCAUUAAUAAUCUGAAACCAGGAACAGUGUAUGUUUUCCAGAUUCGGGCUUUUACUGCUGCGGGCUAUGGGAAUUACAGUCCCCGACUUGAUGUGGCUACGCUAGAGGAAGCUGCAGGUAAAAUGUUUGAAGCUACAGCUGUCUCCAGUGAACAGAAUCCUGUGAUUAUUAUUGCUGUGGUGGCUGUGGCAGGGACCAUCAUUUUGGUGUUCAUGGUCUUUGGCUUCAUUAUUGGAAGAAGGCACUGUGGUUAUAGCAAAGCUGAUCAAGAAGGGGAUGAAGAACUUUACUUUCAUUUUAAAUUUCCAGGCACCAAAACCUACAUUGACCCUGAAACCUAUGAGGACCCAAAUAGAGCUGUCCAUCAAUUCGCCAAGGAGCUAGAUGCCUCCUGUAUUAAAAUUGAGCGUGUGAUUGGUGCAGGAGAAUUUGGAGAAGUCUGCAGUGGUCGUUUGAAACUUCCAGGGAAAAGAGAUGUUGCAGUAGCUAUAAAGACACUGAAAGUCGGUUACACAGAAAAACAAAGGAGAGACUUUUUAUGUGAAGCAAGCAUCAUGGGACAGUUUGACCACCCAAAUGUUGUCCAUUUGGAAGGGGUUGUUACAAGAGGAAAACCAGUCAUGAUUGUAAUAGAAUUCAUGGAAAAUGGAGCCCUAGAUGCAUUUCUCAGGAAACAUGAUGGGCAGUUUACCGUCAUUCAGUUGGUAGGAAUGCUGAGAGGAAUUGCUGCCGGGAUGAGAUACUUAGCCGAUAUGGGAUAUGUUCACAGGGACCUUGCCGCUCGCAAUAUUCUUGUCAACAGCAAUCUUGUGUGUAAAGUGUCAGACUUUGGUCUGUCCCGGGUAAUAGAGGAUGAUCCAGAAGCUGUCUACACAACCACUGGUGGAAAGAUUCCAGUAAGGUGGACGGCACCUGAAGCUAUCCAGUAUCGGAAGUUUACCUCAGCCAGUGAUGUAUGGAGCUAUGGAAUAGUCAUGUGGGAGGUCAUGUCUUAUGGAGAAAGACCUUACUGGGACAUGUCCAAUCAAGAUGUUAUAAAAGCAAUAGAAGAAGGCUAUCGCUUACCAGCACCCAUGGACUGCCCAGCUGGUCUCCACCAGCUAAUGCUGGAUUGUUGGCAAAAGGAACGUGCUGAAAGGCCAAAGUUUGAGCAGAUAGUUGGAAUUCUAGACAAAAUGAUUCGAAAUCCAAAUAGUCUGAAAACACCGCUGGGAACUUGUAGUAGGCCAAUAAGCCCUCUCUUGGAUCAAAAUACUCCUGACUUCACUACGUUUUGUUCAGUUGGAGAAUGGCUACAAGCUAUUAAGAUGGAGAGAUAUAAAGAUAACUUCACAGCAGCUGGUUAUAACUCCCUUGAGUCAGUGGCUAGGAUGACUAUUGAAGAUGUGAUGAGUUUAGGGAUCACACUGGUUGGCCAUCAAAAGAAAAUCAUGAGCAGCAUUCAGACUAUGAGAGCACAAAUGCUGCAUCUACACGGAACUGGCAUUCAAGUGUGAGAAGUGUUUCUCCCUCCUUGGGAGUUGAAAGACUAACAGAGAAGAGUACUGGCCUCCAGUUUAUGCAUAGAGUGCUGCUAGAAGACAGCUGAUGUAUGGGUCGUUCCACAGAACAGAAGGUGUAGGAAGCACCUACAGACUUGAAAUCCUAAGUGCCACCAGAAUAUACAAAAAGGGAAUUUAGGAUCCACCACUGGUGGCCAGGAAAACAGCAGUGACAAUAAACAAAGUACUACCUGAAAAACAUCCAAACACCUUGAGCUCUCUAACCUCCUUUUUAUCUUAUAGACUUUUUAAAAUGUACAUAAAGAAU